AUGGGGAACGCCAAGAGCGGCGCCAUGUCCAAGGAGAUCCUGGAGGACCUGAAGCUCAACACCAAGUUCUCGGAGAACGAGCUCUCUCAGUGGUACGAGAACUUCCAGAAGCAGUGCCCGACGGGCCGCAUCGCGCCGGAAGAGUUCGAGAAGAUCUACGACCGCUUCUUCCCCGACAGCGACGCCAAGACCUACGCCAAGCACGUCUUCCGCUCAUUCGACACCAACGACGACGGCACGCUGGACUUCAAAGAGUACAUCAUCGCCCUGCACAUGACGUCCGGCGGGAAGACGCAGACCAAGCUGGAGUGGGCCUUCUCUCUCUUCGACGUCGACAAGAACGGCUACAUCACCAAGGCAGAAGUGUCAGAAAUUACCAACGCCAUCUUUAGGAUGAUUCCCAAGGAUGAGCUGGACAGGCUUCCAGAAGACGAGAACACUCCAGAGAAAAGAGCGAGCAAACUGUGGUCUUACUUCAACAAGCAGGAGAACGAGCGGUUGCAUGAGGGCGAGUUCAUUCAGGGUGUGAUGGACAACGAUAACGCUCUCCGCCUAAUUCAGUACGUGCCCACCAAAUAG